GAGCGGCGAAUCGACAAGGCUCUGGCACCGUCGUCGAUUCACAGCCCGUGAGCGUCGCGACGCAUCGUUCGUCGAUGCUAUUUCGACGUGAAAAUAGUGGGGCGUCUCUCUAUUUCGGUCGAACGAGCCAGGGCCGUUCAGUCUGCGACCUGGCUUCCUCACCACAGGGAGGCCGCAGGUCCGAAUUUUCCACUUUUCUUUUCUUCUUUUCCGCCGUCUGUGCGAACCAGAGAGAAAACCCUCGUCAAAAGAAAUAUCUGGCGGGAACAUCGUUGCAAGAAGAGAAGCUUUUCCUAGAGGUAGCCCGCAGAGUGAGAGUACCGAAAUGUUUAGAUAGGAACGGUGUAAGAACGAUAUCGGCCGGUCGUGGUUCGAGCAAGUUUCGAGCUGUUUGCUCUCGACCGUGAACUUUAGAGAGCCUCUGGAAACCGAGGGUACGUACGGAGGGAGGAUGUUGUGGUCGGAGCCGGACGAGGAAGAAGAAGCGCUAUUAUGCAGCCCCGCUCUGAUGGCCAGAAGGGCCUCGGAAUCAUGGAUCGUCGCGCCUCCCGUGGAGGCGAUGCCCGCGGCGGCGGCGGCGGCAGUGUCCCUUCAACGAAAGAAAUCACUGCCGGAUGUGGCACAACCUAUUCAAUUGACGGCAACGGCACCGCUAUCCAGGGAGGAAGUCAGUGUCCUGAGCAGCAUGAGAAGAGAGGAGAUCCGCAGGCAGAUCGACGAGAGCGAAAGACUCAGGGCCAAUCCUCUGCUGUACUUGGUCAGUCCGCAGGUUAAAGACUGGUUCUCCCGGCAGCAGCUGGUGAUGCUGGUGCUGUUCAUCAACAUAUCCUUAGCCCUGAUGUUCUUCAAGCUGCUGACGUAGCAGCCAGCCGACGAUUGGGUUCACGGGCUCGCGGUGGACGUGACCUGAGACCCGGGCGCGUCACGACGCUCCGAGUCGUCACCGAAUACCAGGAUUGAAGCGAUAACGAAGAGGGCGCGAUCCAGUACCCUCGACAGACAAAGUCACGAAAAAAAACCGCUGAAAACGGCUUUCGAGCGAUCGAAAUUCACGGUCCCACGGUGGUAAAAGGUUUGGACGGAGAGGAAGUUUGCAUCUCGAGGAUUUGCGUGGGACAGGGACAUGCAGAAGGAGACGAGGACACUUUUUCAAGCAUCUCGCGAAAAGAGGCCAAGAGGAAAAGGAAGAAACAAAUGAGAGAGAGACGAAUCGUUGUCGAAACUGCACGUUCGGCAUCCAAUUACAACGACUUCUCGGCUCGAUUCGAUGUUUUGGGAAGGACUUUCGGCGAGGAUUGUCAACGGAUGACGAAGAGCGGGGAGGAGAAGGGCGGCUCGUUGUUUUUCGGACAGGGUGCCGAAGUGGCCGAGGUACCCUGGCGCCUGUAUCAUACAUAUUUUUACACCGAGUAUUUUAAUAAUAAUAAUAUUAAUAUUUGUAAGGGCUGGUCCAUUGGUGGACUCCCCGAUGGGAUGGGAGCGACCUGAGGCCACGCUCUAAACACGAUGCGCACACACGAAUCUCUCUACACUUUUCCUGUACUUUCUCGACGAUCGGCUCGAGCGCGGACACCGGAACGACUUUUAUACAAAAAAAGAAGCUAUAGAGCAGCUAGAGUAGCGUGAAACAAUUUUGUCCGAUGGGAUAGACGUGAAAGGAGAGAAGAGAAGAGGAGAAAAUCUCUGCGGACGAUCGAACAUAUUUUUCAGAAAAGAAAAAAAGAAAAAAAAACAUUUUGCCAAUCAGAUCACUGCGGUGAUGAUCACUUCCGCACGUUUCGCAAUGUAGACUCGCGGACGUUAGGUCGCGAACAGCGUGAGAGGGUUAAAAAAAAAAAAAAAAAGCAAUGAGGGAGUUAGAAUUUCUAUACAAUUGUUACGAUUUCUACGAAUUUGAUAGACGAAUGGAGAGUUGUACGUUGUUGUACGUUGUAACGUUACGAAAUAUAUUCAUGUGUUAUCGACGUGUCCAUGUAAUUGUAUGAGUGUUAUGUGGAUAUCGAUAUAUAAUAUAAUUGUAAUCGUGCAAGAAAUCCUACGAGAGAUCACUUCGUUCGCGAAGUACUUUGCGUGUAGCCUUUGCCUUCCACGUGGAAAUUGUAUAUAAAACACUUUUCUCCGAUUUUUAUAUACACGUUAGGAUCAAGUCGCACGUUGUGUCGAUAAGCGAUCGUUGACAAGCGAUCCAAACAUUUUUCUCUCGAUCGAGGAUCGUUCCGGCAAAAUAUUGUUUGUUACUGAUUAAUAAAUAUUGGUAUAAUUGUAUUGUUGAAAAGAGAAAGUUAUGUUUCAGAUGGAUAAAAAUUGCGAAUCGGAUAGAUAUUGUUCAAGAUCGAGAAACGUUUCGAUGAUCAAUCUUUUUCCUAGGCGCGGACGGUUCAAAAGUCAACCUGGAAAGCCUUUGUAUUUGUCCGACGAAUAUUUGAGAACGUGCACAACGGUGCAAUCGAUACAUGCGUUACAUUCAUCGAUGAAACGAACGUUGACGUCGUUUUGUCAAUUCGCGGCGUUCGAUAGAUUUAACGAAGUUUUUACAAGGAAGAUCACACACAAUUGUAUAAAUUUUUUGGGGUCGUUUCCUUCUGGGAUCCUCUUUGAUAGAACAAGAUACAUAAAUACAAAAGAUACGGGGGAACUAAUUGUCUUUGCGCGGCGUAAGUGUACGUCGAUUUUAUUCACACGGUGGCACCGGGGGUCGCGGUCCGAAUCUCGAGAUCACGCCACGUGAUCGAGGACCGAUCUCCCAGCGCUCGAGCGGUCGCAUUUUUUCUAGCCUCAGGCAUAGCUUGUAUAUCUCUAGGUGAAUUUGUAAAUAAAAGGAAGAUGAGCAUUAUA